UUGUUUAUUUCUAGCAGAGAAAAAAAAAAAAAGUAAAGAAUUUCUAGCUUUACAGUAGUAUCAGAUCGAUCCUCCGUCUAUUUCAUCAAAGAAGCCCACGCGGUGUCCCUUCCCCGCUUUUCAUAUAUUUUCUCCCUAAUUAGGAUACGGAAGAACAAGAAAAUCCAGUAGAAGCUCAAUGGAGCAGAAAACUCAUUGAUUUGAUUCACAUUCACGGCAACUCAACUCAAUCGGACCACCCCACACCAGCCAGAAGAUGGCCUGGUUUAGUGGGAAGGUUUCUUUGGGUAACUUCGCGGAUAUCGCUGGCGCGGUGAAUAAGAUCCAGGAGAGCGUUAAGAAUAUCGAGAAGAAUUUUGAUAGCGCUCUUGGGUUCGAUGACAAAGAUAAAGAGAAGGCUGAUUCCAGCAAUGAAGGAGCAUCUGGGUUAUGGAAUUCAUCCACUGUUAUGGCCUUUAUGGGGCAAAAAAGUGAGGAAGGUAGUUCUGAAUCACCAAAAAAAUCAGAAUCACCAGAAAAAUCAGAAUCUCUUGAAUCACCUGAAGUUGAUAAACCAUUAGGAGAGCUUGAAUAUCCAGAACAUCCAUCUACUUCAGAGGAACAUGAAGGGGAACAAGUGGACAUUUCAUCAUAUUCAGCAAGCAAACGGACUGCUGCUGCCGAAGAAGACAGCGAAAAUAUAACAGCUGAAAAACAUGAUGACCAUUCAGAAAUGCAAGAUGGAACAAAUGCUGUUCUGUCAAGUCCUGAAAAUCCUGAAACUAUAUCACCAAUAGUGUCUUCUGAGCCAUCUGGAGAACCUGCUGUUGAGAAUCUGGAGCUGUCAGAAUCUGUUGAAAGUCCGGAAGAGAAAGAGAUUUCAGGAGAUGGAAACUCGGGUAGUUUAGAUUCAGUGCAAGAGAAUUUGGGAGUCACUGAAGUUGAAGUUGAUCAAGGUGAGGGCACUGCUUUCUUGCCAGAUGAAUCACAUAAUUUAACCACUGAGAAUGGGAACAUGCAUGAACAGAAAGCAGAAGUGGAGAAUCAGAGCACUGAUGAAAGUAAUGUGCUAGUAGGGAGCUCUGAUGAACAUAAGACACAAGGUGAGGAAAGCGUAGAGAUUAUAUCUCGAGUCCAAACUGGGGAGUUGGCAUAUACAAGUACAAGAGUUACAACAGAGCCCUCUGCUUUUGAAUCUUUUGCGGCUGAGGAGAGUGAUAGUGCUGAAAAUACCUCUAACGAUGACAUUCCAAGUACACUGCCUCCUUCAAAUGACGCUUCUGAGGCAGCUUCGGAGCUGAUUUCAAAUGAGAAUAACACAUUUGUUAAACCAGCUUGUGCAGAUCAGCUUGUUGAUGAUAAACAGAAGGACACCAGAGAACAACAUUUAAUGUCAGGAACAAACACUUCUGAUCCUACAGAUUUUGCUUUUGAACUGGAGAGGGUGAAAAAGGAGAUGAAAAUGAUGGAAACUGCACUGCAAGGUGCGGCAAGACAAGCUCAGUCAAAGGCUGAUGAGAUUGCCAAGUUAAUGAACGAAAAUGAACAAUUAAAAGUUGUGAUUGAGGAGUUGAAGAGAAAACCAAGUGAUGCAGAAGUUGAGACUUUGAGAGAAGAAUACCAUCAGAGGGUUGCAGCUCUUGAAAGGAAGGUAUAUGCUCUUACUAAGGAAAGGGAUACUCUUCGGAGGGAACAAAAUAAAAAAAGUGAUGCAGCUGCUCUUCUCAAGGAAAAGGACGAAAUUAUUACCCAGGUUAUGGCUGAAGGUGAAGAGCUUUCCAAAAAGCAGGCUGCUCAAGAGGGUCAAAUUAGAAAAUUAAGGGCUCAGAUUAGGGAGCUUGAAGAAGAGAAGAAGGUAUUUAUGACUAAGCUUCAGGUAGAAGAGACUAAAGUCGAGAGCAUCAAGAGAGACAAGUCAGCAACGGAGAAAUUGUUGCAGGAAACAAUAGAAAGACACCAGUCAGAACUUACUUUGCAAAAAGAAUAUUAUACUAAUGCUUUAAAUGCUGCCAAGGAAGCUGAAGCCUUGGCAGAGGCACGUGCCAACAAUGAGGCCAGAUCUGAGCUAGAGAGUCGCUUGAGAGAGGCUGAGGAGCGUGAGUCUAUGCUAGUUCAGGCACUAGAAGAAUUGAGGCAAACUCUAAGCAGAAACGAGCAGCAGGCUGCAUUUAGAGAAGACAUGCUUCAUCGGGACAUUGAAGAUCUUCAGAAGCGUUAUCAAGCAAGUGAGCGGCGAUGUGAGGAGUUGAUUACACAAGUUCCUGAUUCUACUAGGCCCCUUCUAAGGCAGAUUGAAGCUAUGCAGGAUACAAAUGCAAGAAGGGCAGAAGCUUGGGCUGCUGUAGAGAGAACCCUUAACUCCCGGCUCCAGGAAGCAGAGGGCAAAGCUGCAGCUGCUGAGGAAAGAGAACGAUCUGUGAACGAACGUCUAUCUCAAACCUUAUCUCGAAUCAAUGUUCUUGAGGCACAGAUUUCUUGCCUUAGAGCUGAACAAACGCAGUUAAGUAAAUCCCUUGAAAAAGAGAGACAAAGGGCAGCUGAAAAUAGGCAGGAGUACCUUGUAGCAAAGGAGGAAGCUGACACUCAGGAAGGCCGUGUUGCCCAACUUGAAGAACAAGUUAGGGAACUCAAACGUAAACAUAAGCAAGAGUUACAAGAGGCUCUGAUGCACAGGGAACUGUUACAACAGGAAAUAGAAAAGGAGAAAGCUGCACGGUUGGAUUUAGAAAGGACAUCUCGGGUUCAUUCUGCUGCUGCAUCUGAUCAGACUCCUGCUAGGCAGAAUUCUGCUUUUGAGAAUGGAAACUUAAUCCGAAAACUUUCAACUGCUAGCAGUCUUGGCAGCAUGGAGGAAAGCUACUAUCUGCAAGCAUCUCUGGACUCUUCUGACAAUUUAUCUGAUAGGAGGAGCGUUGGGGAGCCAACCAUGAAUCCCUAUUAUAUGAAGAGCAUGACACCUGGUGCUUUUGAAUCUGCUCUUCGUCAAAAGGAGGGUGAACUUGCAUCAUACAUGUCCCGCUUGACAACAAUGGAAUCAAUACGUGAUUCUCUUGCUGAGGAGUUGGUCCAAAUGACUGAGCAGUGUGAAAAACUACGAGCAGAGGCUGCCACAGUACCUGGUAUAAGGGCAGAGCUAGAAUCUCUGAGGAGGAGGCACUCUGCUGCACUGGAGCUAAUGGGUGAACGUGACGAGGAGUUGGAGGAACUCCGUGCUGAUAUUAUAGACUUGAAGGAGAUGUACAGAGAGCAAGUAAACCUGCUUGUGAACAAGAUCCAGACCAUGAGUUCAUAGUAAAAAAAAAGGAAAAAUCUUGAGGUUUGAAGUCCUCCACCAACUCUUAAAUUCAUGGUACAGUUAUCAAAUACUCGGGUGAAUGCAAUCGGCUGCUCUGCUCGAAUUUUUUUCAUCCAUACCCCUCAUUUGAUGUUUGUGAUUUUUGGUUAAAGUGUUUAGGCAGCCAUAGUGAAAUAUUUUUUUUUUAAUGAACUUUGAUAUAUAUGUAACUAUUUACUUGCUGUAUAUCAUGAAUCUUUUUGUCACACACAGAUGAUUAAGCUUAAAAAAAGCUUUCAAGUUUUCUUGUUGAUUUAUUGUAAUAAGAGCAUUUAAUUUUUUUCCCAGAA